AUGAUAUUAUAAUACUUUAUUAGCAUAUAAUCAAAUAGCAUCUAUAAUUAAUUAAAUGAAAUUUAUAAGCAUUAAGAUUGUAAUUAAUACCUAAACCUUUAUAUUAAAUAAGUAAAAGUGGAUUAAUUGAAAGAAUCGGGAUCCAAGUAUGCUUUAAUAUAUUUAGAAUAUAUUUAAGACCAGAAAUGAGAUUAAUAGAAGAUGCUUAAGUAAACAAGGGAUACAAAUAAAACUUACCAUAAUCAGAAUUAAAUAUAAUAUAUGGUAAAUAAUAAAAAAUUGGAAGGGCAAUUUAAAUUGAAAGAAUUAUAUAAUUCAUAAUAAAAUUAGAAGAAAUGUAAUGUAAGAGGGAAAAUCAUAUUUAAAUGAGGAAGGAAUAGAAAAUACUUAUCUUGACUAAACAUAUCAUCUAAAUGAAAAAAUCUGAAUGACAUUUAUCAAUGCGAAAUUAUAUUUUCUAUUUAGAUAUUAGAAGUGAGAAAAUUAACAUUAGCACCAUUAAAAAUAAAAAAGAAUUUAAAUAAUUAUUUAAUUAUAAGUAAUUUAAAAAACAGAUGCAAGAUAACAUCGUAUAUAAUAAUCAAAAUCUAAAACUAGAAAUAUGCACAAAUUUAGUUUAAGAAGUCUCUUGGU